AUGCCGGGUUCACCUUACCCCUAUACGCGUGAUGGAAAGCGCCUGAGCAAGUCGCCCAGUCCGGAGGAUGACAUCUCCCGGUACGACAAUAAGGAAGAAGAAGAAAUCCUGCCUUUGCAGUCCGUCGCGCCGGCCAUUUUCGUGCCCGCAACGUUUGACUUCACCAAGCCACUGCCAGAUGAGCCUACUGACACCAGCGAGCGCGUGGCUCAACACCUGGAUGUGCUGGAUGCCAACGCCAGGGCUGUCAAGAAUAACAUCAUUUUCAUGGUUGACCGCGAAGCAACCCGCAUCCAGCGCGAGCUCGCUCAAACCGAAAAGCGCCUCAAAGAGCAAGGCCAAGCGCAAGCCCUAUACCGCAACCCGCGCUACCCGACUACUGCCGAGGAGCAAUCCAUCAUUGAGGGCCUAGCCACGGUCCCGCCUCGUUCGGUCGAGCCAGGAGAAUUCGAAGUGCCCUAUGGAUUCGCGGCCAAAGAUGUGCCGCCCGUGACUAUGGACCAGAUGCGAGACACGCCGCGGGAGGCGGCCGAGCGGGAUCUGCUGAAUCUUGUUGCGUGGGGAAGUCGGAACAUGGAUGGGUUUAGUGGGGCGAUGCAGUUGGUGAGGCAGCAGAGGAAGAACAAGUUAUUAAAUGAUAUCGCGCUAGAGAUUGUCCGGAGGAUGGCUGAGGAGCGCGCUUCUUCUUCUUCUUCUUCUUCUUCUUCUUCUUCUUCUGCUGCUGCUGCUGCUGCGAGUCGAACUGUUGGUAGUGACACCAUGGACAUGGACAGUGACAUUUGGAGGGUUUCUCCGUAG